AUGCAGAAUACAGCAGACUCAGAGUAUGAGUAUGAGUACGACGAGACCGAGACAGAGACAUUCUACGUCAACAUUGAUCUAACAUCGUACAAUGGUGCCCUUCGCCAACCGCGCCGCGGGGUAGCAUCUGGCGACACCGCAGACGAGCAAGAAGCCGAGAAAGGCCCCUCCCCAGCAGACAGGCAAAACGCAGAAGACGAACAACAACAAGAAGAAGAGGAGGAGGAGGAGGAGGAGGAGGAAGAAGAAGAGUCGGGCGACGCGACUGCGGAAGCGGAGGACAUCGAGAGUGCGGGCCGACUUCAAAUCAUGGAACUGCACGGCAAAAACCCCUUCGUUUCCUACCGCAACCACAUCUUCAGCUGCGAAUGGGCCGACAUGAUUGGCACAGAUAUGCAUUUCGUCAGCCACGAGGACACCUCCGCCGAGCCUGACCCGACCUAUGUAAAACACGCCGAGAACUAUUCGCUGAUUGCUACGAACGGGAUCAAGAUUAUGGGACGGAGGGCGCGUCUUACGGCUGCCAAUGGUGCCGUGUCGAGAGAACAGGUCGACAGGCCAGAGCCAGAUACUGGGUCUGCGCAAGUGCGCUUUCUCCAGGAAUUGAUGGACAUCAAGCGGGAACGGGGAGAGAAAGACAUGAUUCAAAUGACGUUUGGGACUAGACGUGGGAGGAACUUUGAGGCUAAGAUUGGGCGGUGGGCGAACACUGACGAACGACUCGAGAUGAUUUAUCAGUUGAAUCGGGCGGCGCUGGGAGGCGACCAGAACGCGCUUGCGAAUUUGGAAGAGUUGUACGCCCAGAUAGAGGCUGAUGUCGAUGAUGUUGACGUUGAGGAUGUCGUGACUGGUUCGUCGAAUGUCAAUGCUGCCUCGGAAACAGUACCAUCAGGCUAG